GCGCUGCUUCGCUGACGUGUCGUACCACAAACGGCCAAAGGGGUCGCCGUUGUCACUCCAAAGAUUAAUCAGGUUCCGGUGGAAAGAGUUCACAAGCGAUGAGAUGCCAGCUGGACGCCCUUCAGCUUGUUAACUUCGCGGUCAGGAUGCUGUGUUGCUGUGCGAAAGCAUGCAGUCGCGGUACCGAGCGUGUUGACAAAAUGAGCCGUCAGCUAGAAAAGUCCAUCGAAGGCCUCAUCACCAUUUUCCACUCGUACUCGUCCAAAGAAGGCGACAAGCACAAGCUGAGCAAAGCCGAGCUCAAGACGCUCCUGCAGGAGGAGCUCACAGACUUCAUGGCUGUAAGACAAUUUAGGGGUCGACUUUCCGACCAGCAACUCGACUUUCAGGAGUUUGUAGUUCUGGUGGCGGCGCUCACCGUGGCCUGUAAUGAAUUCUUUGAAGGCUCCUGCAAGAACUAAACGAAAAGAAGAAAAUGUGAAGUUGUUUGUUUUCUGCAUCAUAAUAAAGUUGUUAAAACUGUC